UCAGAUGGCAAAGAAAAAGACAAAGACAAGAAAUUUAAACCUAAAGAGGAAAAAGAAGACAAAGACAAUAAGGGAAAGUCUAAGACCAAAAAGAAAGAGACAGCAUCUAUGUUCCAGAUAAAUGGAGACAAAUCUACCACUAAGGGUAAAAAGAAAGCUGCCAAAUCAGACAGUGAAGAGGUGAGUGAGCCAGAAAGCAAAACCAGCAAGAGCAAGAAAAAGAGCAGUUUGAACCCAGGCUCCAUGUUCCAGGCUGGUGGAGAAAAAGAUAAAGACAAGGGCAAAAAAUCUAAAAAGUCCAAAAGUCUGGCAAAAGCUGAAGAGAGCAAUGACUCAGAAUCUGAGGUGACACAAAAGAAGAAAAAGGGAAAAGGCAAAAAGGGGAAAAAGGAGGAACGAACACCUUCACCAGUCAUUGAGUUUGAUGACCUGGAUGAGUUUGUGCUUCAGCCAGCAGAGCAGGGCAUCACAGUGAAAUGUAAAGUGACCCGGGACAAAAGAGGAAUGGACCGGGGCCUUUAUCCCACUUACUACCUUCAUCUAGAUAAUGAAAAAAAGGUCUUUUUGCUGGCGGGGCGAAAACGCAAAAAGAGCACAACCUCCAAUUACUUGAUCUCAGUUGACCCUACUGACCUCUCUAGAGGCGGUGAAAACUACAUAGGGAAAGUAAGGUCCAAUCUGAUGGGCACUAAAUUCACAGUAUUUGAUAAUGCACUUCAUCCUGACCGAGCACUUCCUGACAUGUCAAAUGCAAGGCAGGAACUGGCAGCCAUUAUUUAUGAGACCAAUGUGCUGGGAAUGAAGGGUCCAAGGCGGAUGACUGUCAUUAUCCCUGGCAUGGACAAGAAUGGAGAACGAGUACCCAUACGGCCACGCAGUGAAAAUGAUGGCCUUCUGAUUCGACACCAGAAUAGGAACAUGGAGAAUUUGAUAGAACUUCGCAACAAGACACCCGUGUGGAAUGAGGAGACGUCGUCUCAUGUGCUCAAUUUUAAUGGCAGAGUUACACAAGCCUCUGUUAAAAACUUCCAGAUUGUUCACAACAAAGACCAGGACUACAUAGUGAUGCAGUUUGGGAGAGUUGCAGAUGAUGCCUUCACCCUGGACUAUAACUAUCCUCUGUGUGCAGUGCAGGCCUUUGCUAUUGCCCUGUCUAGCUUUGAUGGCAAAAUUGCCUGUGAGUGA